AUGUCAACAAAUUUCUCUUCUGACCCUAAAUUUGAAUCGCCUCGUGAUGACCAUGAACAACGUAAUGAGCAUCCUCUUAUUGAGGAAGACUCGCCACCAAAAAAAUGCACUGUAAGUGGAGAACCAGCUCCGAAUCAACUCUUAGGUGAUAUAUUUGCUCUUAUCGGUGCAACAUGUUAUGGUCUAUCAAAUACAUUUGAAGAAUUUUGUGUGAAAAAGAGGCCAUUACAUGAAGUCGUUGGUCAAAUGGGUGUUUUUGAAGAACCUAAGUUUGAACGUGAAUAUGAUGAAGAAGAACUUGAUGAUAACGUUAAUGAAAAAGACUUGGAGUCAUCUGUGCAUACAUAA